AUGGUAGAGAAAGGAGACCAUGCUAUCCAGUUUGAAGUCUCAAUCGGAGAUUACGGAAACAGCAUGAGCAGCACAACACUCCCAGCAACUCUCUCACUGCUUCCUCUCAGCCAAUGUUCGAUGGAACCAAGUCGGCCAGUGUGUCUAGUUCCGUGUCAGUGGGAGGACUGCACUUACCGGCUACAUGCUCUCAACAUACUGGAGAGGAUACUGUACAAGUUCGAGGAGAACCUGAAACAGGUGCAGGACCUUAUACAGCUAGAGAUUGACGAAAAAGAGGUGAAACAAGCUAUGAAAAGGACAUUGAAAGAACUUUCAGCUGAUUGUUUGUUAAAACUCCCAGAAUUACCACCGGUGCAUACCAAUUUGGACGAAAAAGUGCGGCAGCUCCGCCAUUUCAAGCUCGGGAACAUCUCAAAAACAGCCUUAAGUGAGAUACCCAAUAUGAAGGCUAGUUGGGCGUUCUACGAUAGACUCUGUGAACUGAAAAUUCCUUUAAAAGACGCGUUCACUGAGCCCCAGACGCAAAUCCCCGACGUUCUGGUCUGGAUGAUAUCAAACGGUGAGCGGAUAGCUUACUUCAAAGCUCCCAUCCAUCACUUCCUGUUCCACAGACGGAACCCUGGCUAUGCUUGUAGCAAGUUCCGGAGCAUACAGAUGAGGUACCUGGGAAGUAAGGAGGACAGAACAGCUUGCCUCUUGAAGUGUUUCGGCUGGUUUGGAACUGAAGAAGAGUACUGGAAUUACGAUAUCCCCUCUGAUGGUAGGAUCACCGUGUACGCGGAGACCUUUGAGAACCAGACGGUGAUGGGAACCACGUGGAGUAUCAAGGGUCUCACUAGACCUGAGUUUUCUAACCCUGAUGGAAAGAUUGCACUGCCACAAGCUGCAUUUAUACCACCUAAAGGAUGGGAAUGGGGAGAAGAGUGGCAGGUCUCCCUCGACUUCAGCUCUAUGGUGACAGAAGACUACAAUAUGAACGAAUAUACUGACCGGAUAUUCGAAGUGGACUUGAGGGAACAUGGUAAAAAUUGGAGCUCUGCCAAGAAAGUAUGGAUGAACUCGGACAUGGAGGAGGUAAACUGGAAUGACGAGAUGCCUCCAGGGUGGGAGAACAAAACCGACUGGAGUAUUGACAGCAACCAACCCGGCGAUGGAGAUAAUUGGCAGUACGCAGUGGAAGUAGACUCGGCAGACUUCACCUCCUCCUUCAAACCCUACCACUACUGUAGGAGGAGACUCUGGCUUAGGGAGAGAGUCAAGACUGGUGAUACUGUCAUCCCCACUGUUGCUGAAGUAGUGGCUGAGACUGGAGGCUGGGACUACGCUAAAACCUUCCAGAGCAAGUUCCACAGCGGGGAGAUGAACAGUGACAUUGUCCGGAGACGCCGCUGGAGACGCAUGUUGAACAGCAGAAAUGCUGGACCUGUUUGCUUCGAGGUAUGGAAUGAAGACGCACAGGUUCUAGUACCCCCGGUUAUGGUACUAGAGUUCCCUGAAGUUAACACAUACGAAGUACGGACACACAUCUACCAAGGUAGAGAACUGAGCAGCCCGGAGGUGGAUGGAACUAUAAACGCGUACUGUGUGGUGAGUUGCUGGAGACACACUGCCAUUACUCGUACCAUAAAGAAGCAGCUAUCACCUACGUGGGACCAGUCCUUCAUGUUUAAAGGUAUAACGAUAAACGGAAACACGAACGAUGUCAGGAACUCCUUGCCGUCAGUCACCAUCACUAUUUGGCACAAUGGAGCUAAUGCAGAUGUGCCGGUGGGAGUAUCGUCCCUACAGCCGUACCCCUUCUUUGGAGAGAACUAUCAUGUCAGCCGGAUGAUGUGGUACCCUGUAUACACAAACGGGGAACACCACGGUGAUAUUCUUGCUGCUUUUGAGAUAUUCCAGACGGUAAAGGGCGAGGACAUACCGUUUGUACCACCUCCCCACCCUAGCGGUACGGGGCUCCAGGUUCCUCCAGGCAUCAGACCCAUACUCAAGCAGACAAGAAUUGAGGUUCUCAGCUGGGGGUUGCGUCAUCUCAAAUUCUGGAGUGGAAAACCUAUUAUUAACCCGCGGUUGGAGAUUGAAUGCGGAGGAGCAAUCCUAAUUCUCCCUAACAUUGACGAUGUGUUAAACAACCCCAACUUCCCCCAAACAGCUCACUAUUUCGACUGUCCUCUCCCUCAGGAGAACAACUUCAAACCUCCCAUCAACAUUAGACUCCUAGAUCAGCGACCUAAUGGGUUUACUCCUUUAGUGGGAAAAUACAUCAUCAAAGAUUUCAAACCGUUCGAUCCUGACUGGAUCAUGGCACAGUUGACACAGAGAAAAGACAAUGCUGAGGAUGAGAAGGACAGUGAUAAAAACUCUCUCAUCUCCGAGGAGAAGGAAGAGAAGGAGGAGAGUAUUGCUGAGACGGUUGUUAUAAUUGAGGACGAGAUCGAUUAUCCGACAGGUUGUGCUGCUUGCCUGAGCAAGAAGAAGAUUGUAGGCAAGAGUGGGACUGGCCAGACUCCCGUAACCCUCAUUGACGAAUCAGACGACUGGGAGUUCCUCUCCAUGUACUGGUGGUCCAGGUCAGUACAGUUAGAAUUCAGUCUGGAGACUGGGAGUUCCUCUCCAUGUACUGGUGGUCCAGGUCAGUACAGUUCGAAUUCAGUUCCUCUCCAUGUACUGGUGGUCCAGGUCAGUACAGUUAGAAUUCAGUUCCUCUCCAUGUACUGGUGGUCCAGGUCAGUACAGUUAGAAUUCAGUCUGGAGAUCUUAUACUACAAUUAA